AUGCAAAUCUUUCGCACUUCCGGCGACGAGCAGGUCUUGGACUCUUGGGUGCAAGGCUUCUACGACAGCGGCUACAGCGCGCAGGACGCGGAGGCCCUGUGCAGCGGGCUGCGCACGAAGUUUGAGACCUCAGACGAGCUGGGCUCCUUGAUGCAGGCGGCCGACAUCUCCAUGGCCAGCCGAAUGUCGGAGUUUGUGGGAGCAUCUAUGGAUCCUCGAAUGGACUCUUCCUACAUGCUGAUUUUCGCCGGCGAGCCCAGCAUGCAGAAUCGGGAGUCAAUCAAGAUGCUUAAGGAGUUCACACGCUUUGCUGAGCAAAGAAACGCUUCCAUCAUGGGCCCUUGUCCAGGGUGCGAGGCUGUCAGCUUCACGGCUAUCCACUUUGACAGCUUUUGCUCACAUUUCUGCCAGCCGGAGCACUGCCGACGUUGGUGCGCCAAUUGCAUAAAGUCUGAGCACGCACUUGGCUCUUCUAGCUUGCAUUCCAGCUCGUCUGCUGCACCCUUGCUGCAGGCGGAGGAAUGGUGCAAGUCUCCUCAAACAAGCCUGCUGCUCUCAACCCGCAAUAUGCAGCCCGAGCGCAUUGCUGCACAGAAGAUCCAAAUUCCCACCAUCGACGUGCUUGAGGUGCGAGCAAGAGGCUCAGAGGUUGAGAUGGUUCUGAGGGGGUCGAGUUGCGCGGCAUUUGCUUCGCGGCAUUUGCUUCGCAUCUCCUGGGAGAGCAAGGAGGUGACCGAGGAAGGCGUGCGCCGUGCGUUCCAUCACCAGGACUUUGAAAUCGACAAUGAAGCCGACAUCGCCUUGCCUGCCGGGAAGCUCUAUUCAUUCCAACUUGCAGCGGUGAACGACCUGGGCACCGGGCCCUUCUCUGCCAAACACCAGGCGCGCCAGGCCGAAAGGAGGCUAGGGUCCGAGGAGGCGGCCCCUCAGGCACCUUCCAGGCUCUUCGGUUUGCCCGUGCCCUUGAUUGUGUCGCUUGGGCCUGAAGAUCCGAGUCAGAAUCGCGCGCCCAGCUGGCGCUGCACGGAAGUCACUGUCACCCUAUCGGGUGAUGCCAAGGAGGAGAUCGCGCUGGUGAGGUUUUCGGAUUUCGAUGGCAUGCACCCGAACUUCACCUGCACCCCACCAUCCUACUCCCGGUCUUUUUCUGAGAUUCGGUGCACCAUCCCAGCCCGGAUCACUUCACUAGACAUCUUCUGGAGAGUUGAAGUCUUUGGCAUGGACAGCCUAGUUGCUGAAGCCGGCGUGCUGCUUGAAGAGGCCCCAAGUAUCCAAGCGUGCCGCCACUGGGAUCGAGCUCUCUACUGUGACUCCUUCGAGCCCGCUUGUGUCCAAACGUGCGAAGAGUGCGCUGAGAGGCCACAUGCGAAUAGCUCCUUUCCCAACUGUACCAGUACCAGUGCAUACUGGGGGACUCUCUCUGACAACCCUGCUUCCAACGCUACCAACCAUACCAAUGGCACGGAUGAUGCAGUGGGCGAGGUUUGUCCCGCUGAGCCAGUGCCCUAUUGGGAGGAAGCAAGCUUUCGGCGCCUAAGCGCCUCACCUCGCGUUCCCUCCACCAAGCUCUUCCUGAAGUUCUACUUGCGCAGAGAAGCCAGCCCCCAUCCUGGCUCGCCCUGUGAUACUGCGGUGGCGCCAGUGCCCGACACUUGUUUGAGGCAAGUACCCUCCCCUCAACUGAGCCCAAUCCAGCGGCUGCGCCUGGACAGUGUUUCGGACUCGGUGGUAUUGGCUGGAGAGAUUCUCUUCCUUGUGCCGGACGUCCAUGACUUUUUGCAUUCAAAUUCGCAGAUAAGGCAAGCCAUCAUGUCCAGUCUGGUGAAUUCCUCCGGGCGGCCCGAUGCGAGUGUGGCCGUGGCCAUGGAGCAAAGUUGGGUUCGUUCGGAUGCCAACGUCAGAACGUUCUUUUCGAUUGGGCUCGAGAACUGCUCCGAUGAAUGUGCUUCAGCACGCAAGGAGCUUCAAGUUGUGCUGGUGAACUUGGUUGAUUCCGGGAGUUUGCUGAGCAACCUCGAAUGGUCGUUGCAGAAGCUGGGGCGGCCAGUCGCCGGUGCACGCUUGACGAUACACAGCGUGCCAGCAUACACAGCAAGCGCUAGUCGCACAUCAAGCACCACCACUGUCAUCCACACAGGUACCACGCACACAACAAGCGCAACAAGCAGCAGCAUGUUCCUGAGCCCAGCACCAAGCACAACUGAGAAUGCACCAACAAUCACAACAGCAGCUCUCACUUCAACUGCAAGUGUCAGCACUGUGCCCGACUCUGCGAUCGUGACCGUUUCGCUGGAGGUGGGCCUGAGGCUUGCAAAUGUCUCGGCUUUUGACGUCGAGGCCUUUCAGGCGAGUAUGGCUGAAGCUUUGGGCGUCAGUCCCGACCAGCUGUCGAUCACGAGCAUAAUCUUCGAGACCACAGCAGCUUUGAGCUUGAACGGCUCGGUUGUUUCAGAGAUAGUACAGCUUGCCAUCUCAACCUUGUUCGGUGUCCCACCAGAGAAUGUCAGCUCUCGCGCCCUUGAUGGACGACGACUAGCAUUCACCGGCGUUAUCAUUGAGGCUCUGGUGCGAACAGAGUCUGCCAGUGCCACUGCUCAAGGUCUUCACGCGCUCGAUGAUGACACCAUGAUCAGCGAGGUCUUUCGGGAAAGCGGCGCCGCCAACAUCUCAGUCUCAGUGGCCUCCCCUCCUGCGACGUUGGUUCGGAUCUCACAAGUGGUCACCCUCCUGGGCAGCGCGGUCCCAAAUUCCACCGAGCUGCAGUCCAUGCUUGCAGAGGGAGGGCUGGAAGUCGAGAUCCUGAGCAUGGAGAUCCUAGACUCCCAGGUGCCGACGACCGAGCACAACUUGCCGGGUGAUGAUGGUGAUGUGGGCUUUCUCGUUUGGUUCCCCAUCCUGAUGUCUCUGCUUGUGGGUAUGUCCGUCUACUUGCUCUACAAACGACGCAGCAGAAGAGCACGCAUAGAGACUGUAGCCCCUGAUGUAGCUCCGGAUGUCGCCCCGGUCCUGGAAGGGGACCGCGCGGAUCACUCCCAGAACCCUCCACCAGAGCCGGAACUUGCCGCCGCUGCAUCAUCGGAGUUUUGGUCGCACCCCGAGCCCGAGGAGCCCUUGGAAACCGCGGAUCUGGAGGACGAAGAACGGCCUCCACCAGAGCCCGAUAUUGCAGUGCCCUCGGGCUCAACUCGGACGCCGCUGCAGCAGUCAGUGCAGCAUGUGCAGCACCCGGACCUUGUUUCGGAUGCACAGGAUGAGUCUCGGUCCCCAGCCACGGCAUGGGGAUGA